AUGGCACGUCAGCUCCGCAUGCAUUUUGCGUCAAGAAGAAGCAACACGGACCCCCUGUCGGAAGGUUUCAGCAGCCACGGUGAGGAGAGGGCAGCCAGUUUGUCAGCUCAUGGCGCAGAAGAGAGUCUGGCGCAGAGUUCUGUCCACUUGAAGGUGACUCCUCUGUCACCAGACUUUGCCAACAGUCAGUGCUCUUCAGUGUUCAUACCCAGGGUUAACGCUGGAGGGUGUCACAAGAAGAAUGUCUUGCAAAUCUUGCUGCAGCCUUGUGGAAACCUUGAUGGCAAUAUAGAGGAUGGAGACCCAGCUGUUGUUUGUGAGAGUGGAGCAGGUUCCAGGUCCGACGGAGGCUCUUGCAACAGCAGCAUGGCCAGUGAUGCAGGGUACUGUAGCAGCAACAGCAUCUUUGAGCCAGAGCUUCCAGAAAAGCACAGGACAAACCAGGAGCGAACUCCACUUCGUCACAGGGUCAAGGUCCCGCUGAGACGGUGCUCCUCUUUGAUUAUAAUUCCAAAGAGCCCUUGCAGCACCCCACCUGCCUCCCCAGUAGGUCCCGUUUCUCUGUUUGCUCACCUACCACCAAGGGGAUCUGCUCAGUCUCAUCUUCAGACAGCUUCCAGGGAAUUCCCACAAGAAGAAGAGGGAGUGACCACAACUGCUGUAAGUGGUCACCAUCAAUCCAAAGGAAGCUACUCAGCUGAGCUUAAGGAUACAAAACACAUGGUGCACUUUAAUAUUCCUUUACAGGAUGAACCAUUAUGCAAAACAGAGGACAGGAAUACAAUGAUGGAGCUGUCAUCGGCUCCCGACAGAUCUAAUCUUCACUCUAGCAGCAUCCUGCUGCAUUUUGCCCAUCAGAGACCACUGAUGCCUGAAAAGGGAGCCUCAACAAUGGCUGCAGUUGAAGAAGCUCAUUCCCGAGCUGAAAACUCUGGAAAAAAAGACGACACUUACAAAAAACUUUAUCGCAGUACAUCUGCUUGUUUGUUUUCCUCAACAAAGUCAUCAGAGAAAAGCAAUAAAGGCCGUUCAUCGGACGUAGAUCAGCUCAGUCCUGAUAGAAAGCACUGUCAUCGGGCCAUACAGAGGAGUUUUUCCCUUGAGGUGCCCUACUCUAACACUGGAAUUUCAUGUCACGUUUCUAACCCGAAGCUCAGCAGCCCUUGCUCUCCACAUGUACAUAUUCAUUUGUCCCCAUGCUGCCCCUCAAAGGUGUCCAGCUCUGUUAAGGGUGUUAACAAAAGGCACAAAGAAAGUAAUACAGUAAUCAGUCCAGAUCAAAACAAAGAGACACGGGAUGAUUUCCUCGGACAGGUGGACGUCCCCUUAAAUCAGAUACCGACGGAAAAUCCUAACACAGAGAGGCCAUACACAUUCAAGGAUUUUCUGCUCCACCCACGAAGCCAUAAAUCCAGGGUUAAAGGUCAUCUGCGUCUCAAAAUGACCUACCUGCCAAAAAACCCAGGCUCAGAAGAAGAACCGGCAGAUCAGACUGAGGACUUGGAUCCUGGUUGGGAGCUUCUGGAGUCUCAGGACAUGUCAGGUCCCAGACAAAGCCAGCUACUGCCUCCUCUGCUUCCUGGCUGGGAGGAGCGUCAGGACAACCUGGGAAGAAUCUACUACGUCAAUCAUGAAAGAAGAACCACACAGUGGCAGCGACCCACAACACUAGACAGUGACGUCGAAGUUCAGAGAAGACAGAACAAUAACACGGACGCAGCGCUUCCCUUCAUUACACGCAGACAAAUUUCAGACCACGAUGAAAACGCCACACAAGAGUCUUCAGAGAGCUGGGAGAUCAUUACAGAAGACGAGUCCACUUUGUAUCACAGAAAUAACAUCAUGUCACCUUCGUCCCAGGAGCCAUGGCUUCCAGCUAGAGAGCGCCGCACCUCCCAAAGUAAUUACAUGAGUCACUCAAACCAUUCCAGUGUCAGAGAAAGUGCUCAGGCUGCAGCUGGAGAGGAAAGUCCUGUUAAUCCUGUGUUGCUUCCAACCUCAACUAACUUACCUCCAGGCUGGGAGGAGAAGAGGGACAAUAAAGGAAGACGCUACUUUGUCAACCACAACACCCGAACCACUACGUGGGUUCGUCCUGUUCUUCAGAGAUCUCCCGAUGCAGCAUCACCUAGUGGAGCAGGCACAUCUCAAAGCUUCUCACCACCACAGCCAGCUGUUCGGCACGAUCAGCCUCCUCAGCAGAACUACAGUGAGGUCGCAGCUGAAUCUGACUCCUUACCCAGUGACUGGGAGGUCCGCAGUGCUCCCAACGGAAGGCCCUUUUUCAUCAACCACAACACAAAGACGACCACCUGGGAAGACCCCAGGUUUAAGCUUCCUGUGCAAGUGAGGAGGGCAGCCUCUCUCGACCCGGCGGACCUCGGUCCUCUGCCACCUGGUUGGGAAGAAAGAGUCCACACUGAUGGGAGAAUAUUCUACAUAGAUCACAACACCAGGAACACUCAGUGGGAUGAUCCCAGGUUACAGACCCCAGCUAUAACUGGACCGGUCGUGCCUUACUCUCGAGAUUAUAAACAGAAGUACGAAUACUUCAGAAAGAAGCUGAAGAAGCCGGCUGACAUCCCAAACCGCUUUGAGAUGAAGCUGAAACGAAGUACAGUGCUGGAGGACUCGUACCGACGCAUCCUCGCAGUUAAGAGGCCGGACCUGCUGAAGGCUCGGCUCUGGGUGGAGUUCGAUGGAGAGAAAGGACUGGACUAUGGUGGUGUGGCCCGAGAGUGGUUCUUCCUCAUGUCCAAGGAGAUGUUUAACCCGUACUAUGGACUGUUUGAAUAUUCUGCCACAGACAACUACACGCUGCAGAUUAACCCUAACUCAGGUUUAUGUAACGAGGACCACCUGUCCUACUUCAAGUUCAUUGGUCGGAUUGCAGGUAUGGCUGUAUAUCAUGGGAAACUUCUCGAUGCUUUCUUCAUACGACCUUUCUACAAAAUGAUGCUACAGAAGCUCAUUACCCUGCAGGACAUGGAGUCUGUUGAUAGUGAGUAUUUCAACUCCCUGAAGUGGAUUUUGGAGAAUGACCCAGAAGUCUUGGACCUGAUGUUCACCAUUGAUGAAGAACUGUUUGGAGAGACCCAUCAGCAUGAGCUGAAGCCAGGUGGAUCGGAGAUCGUUGUCACCAAUGAAAACAAGAAGGAAUAUAUCCACCUGGUGAUGCAAUGGAGGUUUGUGCACAGAGUACAGAAGCAGAUGACUGCGUUCAAAGAUGGAUUCUUUGAGCUGAUACCUCAAGAUCUGAUCCAGAUUUUUGACGAGAACGAGCUCGAGCUGCUCAUGUGUGGGAUUGGAGACGUGGAUGUGAAUGACUGGAGAAAGAACACCAAGUACAAGAACGGCUACGCUGCUGAGCACAAAGUGAUCCACUGGUUUUGGAAGACUGUGUUGCUGAUGGACGCAGAGAAGCGGAUCCGACUCCUGCAGUUUGUGACGGGAACAUCAAGAGUCCCCAUGAACGGCUUUGCCGAACUCUACGGGUCUAAUGGACCGCAGCUGUUUACCAUUGAGCAAUGGGGCACAAGUGAUAAACUUCCAAGAGCCCACACAUGCUUCAACCGGUUGGAUCUUCCUCCUUAUGAGACCUUUGAGGAGCUGAAAGAGAAGCUUCACAUCGCUAUUGAAAAUGCCCAAGGCUUUGACGGUGUGGAUUAGUGUGCGCACAGCAAAAAGACAGGACUGUCCACAGAGUGAAGCCAGGCAGAGUGGCCUGGUGGAAAAGUAAACCAAAAGCUGUGCAUUGGAGGUGGAUGUUAACCUGCCAGCUGUGACCGAUCAGCCAACCCUCACGUUGAAAAGACGACAAGUCAACAGCAGCAGAGUUGGUUUUAUAUCCCUCUAAACUUUUUAAAGUUUACAUAUCAGGUUUAUUUCUUAUUUUACUCUAAAUG